ACCAUCUUCCAUUCCAUAUAUCUCACGUCGUAUGUUCCUACCUACCUAUACUUCGACUCGACAAUUUACGCUCGUUGUUAAGAAAACUUUAUAGUCUGUAAUUUAGGGACACUGAGAUUAUUUUCAAAACAUCAUCUCAAAUCUUCAGACUAUUAGGUACUAUUCAUUAGCUACCAUGGAUCACUCGCAUAUCGCCACACCCGAACGGUGCUACGCCGAUUUCUGUCUAAUUCCCGUCGGCACCGGCAACGUUUCGGUAGCGGAGGAAGUGGCCGAGGUUCAGAGAUUGCUAAAGUCAAGCGGGUUGACGUAUACCAUGCAUUCCGCUGGGACUACUGUUGAGGGAUCAUGGGACGAGGUCAUGAAAGUCAUCGGACAAGCCCACAGCGUCGUACAUGCUAAAGGGGUUAUCAGAGUCCAGUCUUCGAUGAGAGUUGGCACCAGGACGGACAAGAAGCAGACAGCGCAGGAUAAAGUUAAACGUGUAGAGAACAUAUUAGCCGAGGGAAGCACUGGCUCUUAAACAUCACAGAUUGUAUGAAGAAAGGGGCAAAUAUCUUGAUGUCAACGCCUAAGCAUUAUAUAUAGCUUUAGGGCAACUUUUUCGUAGAGUAGCAAGCAAAGAGCAGAUAACAGACAUUACUAAC